AUGAACGAUGCUGCCAUAGAGUGGAGCGACAUCUACAGAGCUACGAACAGGGACAACACGCCGACACCAGGCUACCUGUUCAAUGACAUUGUGCAGAAUGUCUCGCAGGCAAAGCCCGCGGACCUGCCCGCCGUCGCGGAUUACCUGGCCGACUGCGUGGAGGGUGACCACGCCCACGUGAAGCUGAAGGCGUUAUUCGUCAUCAAGACGCUGGCCUACCGCAUCCCUCCAUUUCAGCAGGCCAUGCAGGAGCAUCUGAAGUGCGUACAAGACGCCGCCGUUUUCACGGGACCUCCGUCUCCGAUGUUCGGCGAUGAGCCCUACCGCCUCGUGCGCGAGGCCGCCGAGGGCGCACUUGAGGCAAUGUCCGGCAACGAGUUCUACCACGAGGAGUACAGACAGUUGUCGCAGCGCAUCGUGGGCUUCGGCAACUACGAGCCUCCGGAGGACUCGAAGCUGCCGGAUGGCUCCGUGAACGUCGCCAAGGAUGUGACAUUCGGCGAUGUCCUCGGUGGUGCUGUGGGAGGCAUAUUCACCGGCGCGGGCGCCAUCGUCAGUGGUGUCAAAGGCACGGGUCUGGAGUUGGACUCGGCAGUCCAAAUCCCAGAGACACACCUGGCAAGAGUAUCGGCAGUUCAGAGUGUCAUCAAAGAUGACAGCCCGUGCACAAGGGGCCAAGGAAAUCCCAUGAGCUGCUGGGGAUGUCUCGAGUUUGGUUGA